AUUCUGAGUGCUGCAGGCGAAUGGACGCGUUUAAUCACUUUUUGCAAUUGUCAGGAACUUUACACGAAGCACGUAUUUUUUGUUUACUUCCUGGUAAAUGCACUGUUCAAACGAAGGCUCUACAGUGACAUUCUGAAACUGAAUCUGAACGCUGUGAUUGAAGCCGGAUUAUUGCUGGUUCUUGGUAGGACUUAUCUGAUGUGUCAGAAUCGUCGAGCAGCAACUUCCUGUUUGCAAGGAGCCGUUGCCAGGGACGAGUCUUGCAUUGAAGCUUUUGAGCUGAUCCAGAAAUAUCGGCUUUACCCAAAACAGUUUGAGGAGUUUGUUGAAAAGUAUUUGUAUUAUUUUAUUGGUCCGGUGAUAAAAAUAGAUUGA